AUGAGGAACCCAUUCGCCCUUACCGGCGCUGUCCAGGAUGACACUCCCAGCCAGAUCUUCGGAUAUCGCAUCUACCUGCUUGCUUUUUCUGCCACUUGGGCAUCCGCCAUGUAUGGCUACGACUCUGCUUUCAUCGGGGGCACUCUCAGUCUUCCCUCCUUCCAGACCUCCUUCGGUCUGACCCCCGCUACCGCCACUAGCCUGUCCUCCAACAUUGUCUCUACCUUCCAAGCCGGUGCCUUUUUCGGCGCCAUCCUUGGUUUCUUCCUGGCUGAACGUUUCGGUCGCAAGCUCGUCAUCAUUUUCUUCGGUCUUAUCUUCAUUGUUGGUGUGAUUAUCCAGCUCAUUGGUCAUCUUGGAAUGUUGUACGCUGGCCGUGCCUUGACGGGUUUGACAAUUGGAUGUACCUCUAUGAUCAUCCCGAUCUACAUUUCAGAAUGUUCGCCCGCCCAGAUUCGCGGGCGCAUGGUCGGAAUGUUUGAGAUUAUGCUACAGAUUGCCCUUGUUUUUGGCUUCUGGGUCAACUAUGGCGUGCAAAAGAACAUCUCCGGCUCGGACACCAAGCAAUGGAGAAUCCCCGUUGGUGUUCAGCUCAUUCCUGUUGGCCUCUUGUUGAUCUUUAUGCCCUUCAUGAUUGAGUCCCCCCGUUGGUUGGUCAGCAAGAGCCGCAAUGAGCGUGCUCUCAAGAACUUGGCUUGGGUCCGCAAUCUACCUGAGGACCACCCAUACCUCCUCCGCGAGAUGGCGGAUAUCCAAGCCGGUGUUGAGCACGAGCUUCAACUCGUCAACGGUUCCCGUGGCGCUUUCCAGAUGUUGCGUGAAUGCGGUACUCCUGGUAUCCGUAACCGUAUCAUCAUUUCUGUCAUGCUCAUGCUUUUGCAGAACCUUACUGGAAUCAACGCCAUCAACUACUAUUCACCCACCAUCUUCAAGUCCAUUGGCUUCACCGGUACCUCCGUUCAGCUCCUCGCCACUGGUGUCUACGGACUGGUCAAAAUGGCCACGACAGUGGUCUUCAUGGUCUUCAUUGUCGACAAAUUUGGAAGACGCCCUGCCUUGCUCGUCGGUGCUGUCGGCGCUGCUGUAGCCAUGUUCUACCUCGGCAUCUACUCCGAACUCAGCGGCUCCUUCCACAAAAUCCCGCCCAAAGACUCCGGCUCUAACGCCGCCGUUGCCAUGAUCUAUAUCUACGCCAUCUUCUACGGUUUCUCUUGGAAUGGCAUCCCCUGGAUUAUUGCCUCUGAAAUCCUGCCCAACCGUGUUCGUACUCUCGGUAUGAUGUUCUCGGUCUGCAUGCAAUGGCUCGCCCAGUUCAUGGUCGUCUACUCUCUUCCUCACAUGGUCAAGACCAUUACUUUUGGAAUCUUUUACUUUUUUGGUGCCUGCACCCUUGUCGCGCUCGCAUUCGCUUGGUUGUUUGUGCCUGAGACCAAGGGUGUCCCUCUUGAGGAGAUGGACUUCCUUUUUGGUGAGGAUGUCAGCGUCUUCGCUGUCGCUGCUCAGAAGCAUUACAAUGAGUUCAAGCAAACUGGUCUGACUGUUAGUGAGAUUCACCGUUCUGGCAAGGCUGGCGAAACUCAGUAUAUCGAGGAGAUAUAA